AUGACUGACCUCCUGGAGGAUUUAGAGCGGAGUCCUCACGCUGCAGCCAUCGCUGAGUGCUUCUUAGAGAGGGAAAUCGAGUCCUUGCUGGUGAACUGGAGCGGGCCGGACCUCAGCGGGUUUGGAGAGCUGGUUCUGGAAGGUUCCUUCAAGGUCCUGAGGGUGAAGAAGGAGCGAGCGUUCUUCCUGUUCGAUAAGAUGCUGCUGAUCGCCAAGAAGAGGCUGGAACAGUUUGUCUACAGCACACAUAUAUUUUGUUGUAAUCUGCUGCUGGUGGAGACGCUGAAGGAUCCGCUGUGUUUCAAAGUGUCGGACCAGACGAUUCCCAAACUGCAGCACGUCGUCCAGACCAAGAACCAGGAGGAGAAACGACUGUGGGUUCACUACCUCAAGAGACUGAUCGUAGAAAACCAUCCGGCCUCACUGCCACAGAAGGCGAGACAAGUCCUGGGAGACAACUUCUGUCAAUCGCCUCACUUUGACCAGGACCACCUAAAGAAGUCCUGCACCUCGCCACGAUUGGACGACGUCCACGGUUACCACAGAGGACGACGCCAAUCAGGUCAGGAGCCUCCAGAGCUGCUGAUGUACACACCUGAGAAGUCCAGGAAGAGUCUGCCGCUGCUGCUGGACGGAAACCUGCCGUACAGACGCACCAGGAGACAGUCAG